CCCACAUGACGCCGCCUCCGCCGCAAACUUUUUCCUCCCCAUCCUGUCGCGGCUCGGAAGGAAUGGAAAAUGGCGGCCUAGGCGCGGAGUUUCCUGCCCGACCGGCGGCUCUCGCGGCGGCGCCAUGACGCGCUGGGUCCCCACCAAGAGGGAGGAGAAGUACGGCGUGGCUUUUUACAACUACGAUGCCAGGGGAGCAGAUGAACUUUCUCUGCAAAUAGGAGACACCGUGCACAUCUUGGAGACUUAUGAAGGGUGGUACAGAGGUUACACCUUGAGGAGGAAGUCUAAGAAGGGUAUAUUUCCUGCUUCGUAUAUUCAUCUUAAAGAAGCGAUAGUUGAAGGAAAAGGGCAACAUGAGACGGUCAUCCCGGGAGACCUCCCCCUCAUUCAGGAAGUCACCACGACGCUCCGCGAGUGGUCCACCAUCUGGAGGCAGCUCUAUGUGCAAGAUAACAGGGAGAUGUUUCGAAGUGUGCGACACAUGAUCUAUGACCUCAUCGAGUGGCGAUCCCAGAUUCUUUCCGGAACUCUGCCCCAGGACGAGCUCAAAGAACUCAAGAAGAAGGUCACGGCCAAAAUUGAUUAUGGAAACAGAAUUCUUGAUUUGGACCUGGUGGUGAGAGACGAAGAUGGAAACAUUUUGGAUCCAGAACUGACCAGCACGAUCAGUCUCUUCAGAGCUCACGAAGUUGCUUCGAAGCAAGUGGAGGAACGGUUGCAAGAAGAGAAGUCUCAGAAGCAGAACCUGGAUAUUACCAGACAAGCCAAGUUUGCUGCCACCCCUUCUCUGGCCUUGUUUGUCAACCUGAAAAACGUGGUCUGUAAAAUAGGAGAAGAUGCAGAAGUCCUCAUGUCUCUUUAUGACCCUGUGGAGUCCAAGUUCAUCAGUGAAAACUACCUGGUUCGCUGGUCAAGCUCGGGCUUACCCAAGGAUAUAGACAGAUUGCAUAACCUGCGAGCUGUUUUUACCGAUCUCGGGAGCAAAGACCUGAAGAGGGAGAAGAUCAGUUUCGUGUGUCAGAUUGUCCGCGUGGGCCGCAUGGAACUGAGGGACAACAACACGCGGAAGCUGACCUCGGGCCUGCGGCGGCCGUUCGGCGUGGCCGUGAUGGACGUAACAGACAUCAUAAAUGGAAAAGUCGAUGACGAAGACAAGCAGCACUUCAUCCCCUUCCAGCCGCUCGCGUUGGACGACGCCAUCCGCCACAAGCCGCUGAACAUGUCAUCCCGUUUUUCACCCAGGGUGGCGGGGGAGAAUGACUUCCUUCAGACUGUAAUAAACAAAGUCAUCGCUGCCAAAGAAGUCAACCACAAGGGGCAGGGUUUGUGGGUAACACUGAAGUUGCUUCCUGGCGACGUCCAUCAGAUUCGCAAGGAGUUUCCUCAUCUAGUGGACAGGACCACGGCCGUGGCUCGCAAAACGGGGUUCCCGGAGAUCAUCAUGCCUGGUGAUGUCCGGAAUGAUAUCUAUGUGACGCUAGUCCAGGGAGACUUUGAUAAAGGAAGCAAGACGACGGCAAAGAACGUCGAGGUCACAGUGUCUGUGUACGAUGAGGACGGGAAGCGACUGGAGCACGUGAUCUUCCCCGGGGCCGGCGAUGAAGCGAUUUCAGAGUACAAGUCCGUGAUUUACUACCAAGUGAAGCAGCCACGCUGGUUUGAGACCGUUAAGGUGGCCAUCCCCAUCGAGGACGUGAACCGCAGCCACCUCCGCUUCACCUUCCGCCACAGGUCUUCGCAGGACUCCAAGGAUAAAUCCGAGAAGAUCUUCGCCCUGGCGUUUGUGAAACUCAUGCGGUAUGACGGAACCACGCUGAGAGACGGGGAGCACGACCUCAUCGUCUACAAGGCCGAGGCCAAGAAACUGGAAGAUGCUGCAACCUACUUGAGUCUGCCCUCCACGAAAGCAGAGUUGGAAGAGAAGGGCCACGCGGUCACGGGCAAGAGCCUGCAGAGCCUCGGCAGCUGCACCAUCAGCAAGGACUCCUUCCAGAUCUCCACCCUGGUGUGCUCAACCAAGCUGACGCAGAACGUGGACCUCCUGGGGCUUCUGAAGUGGCGUUCGAACACCAGCCUGCUGCAGCAGAACCUGAGGCAGCUGAUGAAAGUCGACGGUGGUGAAGUGGUCAAGUUCCUGCAGGACACCCUGGAUGCCCUGUUCAACAUCAUGAUGGAGAACUCGGAGAGCGAGACUUUUGAUACGCUCGUGUUUGAUGCGCUGGUCUUCAUCAUUGGACUCAUUGCUGAUAGAAAAUUUCAGCAUUUUAAUCCGGUUUUGGAAACCUACAUCAAGAAGCAUUUUAGUGCCACAUUAGCCUACACGAAGCUGACAAAAGUGUUGAGGAACUACGUGGACAAUGCAGAGAAGCCAGGAAUCAACGACCAGCUGUACAAAGCUAUGAAAGCUUUAGAGUACAUCUUCAAGUUCAUCGUGCGCUCACGGAUCCUGUUCAACCAACUCUAUGAGAACAAGGGAGAGGCCGACUUCGUGGAGUCCCUGCUGCAGCUGUUCCGGUCCAUCAACGACAUGAUGAGCAGCUUGUCGGACCAGACGGUCAGGGUGAAGGGGGCAGCAUUGAAAUACUUGCCGACGAUCGUCAAUGAUGUGAAAUUGGUGUUUGAUCCCAAAGAGCUCAGCAAAAUGUUCACGGAAUUCAUCCUGAACGUCCCCGUGGGCCUGCUGACCUUCCGGAAGCUCUGCUGCCUGAUCGAGAUCGUGCACACCGACCUCUUCACCCAGCACGACUGCAGGGAGAUCCUGCUCCCCAUGAUGACCGAUCAGCUCAAGCGCCACCUGGAGAGACAGGAAGACCUGGAGGCCUGCUGCCAGCUGCUGAGCGACAUCCUGGAGGUGCUGUACCGCGAGGACGUGGGGCCGACCCAGAGGCACGUGCAGAUCAUCAUGGAGAAGCUGCUGCGGACGGUGAACCGGACGGUCAUCUCCAUGGGGCGGGAUUCCGAGCUCAUCGGAAACUUCGUGGCCUGCAUGACGGCGAUUUUACGACAGAUGGAAGAUUACCACUAUGCCCACUUGAUCAAGACUUUUGGGAAAAUGAGGACUGAUGUGGUGGAUUUCCUGAUGGAGACAUUCAUCAUGUUUAAGAACCUCAUUGGGAAGAACGUCUACCCUUUCGACUGGGUGAUCAUGAAUAUGAUGCAGAAUAAGGUCUUCCUGCGUGCAAUUAAUCAGUAUGCAGAUAUGCUGAACAAAAAAUUUCUGGAUCAAGCCAACUUUGAGCUACAGCUGUGGAACAACUACUUCCACCUGGCUGUUGCUUUCCUUACGCAAGAAUCCUUGCAGCUGGAGAACUUUUCAAGUGCCAAGAGAGCCAAGAUCCUUAACAAGUAUGGAGACAUGAGGCGGCAGAUCGGCUUUGAGAUCAGAGACAUGUGGUACAACCUUGGUCAGCACAAGAUAAAGUUCAUUCCCGAAAUGGUCGGCCCCAUCCUGGAAAUGACCUUGAUCCCCGAGACGGAGCUGCGCAGAGCCACCAUCCCCAUCUUCUUUGACAUGAUGCAGUGCGAGUUCCACUCCACGCGGAGCUUCCAAGUGUUUGAGAAUGAGAUCAUCACCAAGCUGGAUCAUGAAGUGGAAGGAGGCAGAGGAGACGAGCAGUACAAAGUGCUGUUUGAUAAAAUCCUCCUGGAGCACUGCAGGAAGCAUAAAUACCUGGCCAAGAGCGGCGAGGUGUUCGUCAGGCUCGUGGUGCGCCUGAUGGAGCGGCUUCUGGACUACAGGACCAUCAUGCACGACGAGAACAAGGAGAACCGCAUGAGCUGCACCGUCAACGUGCUGAACUUCUACAAGGAAAUUGAAAGAGAAGAAAUGUACAUAAGGUACCUGUACAAGCUCUGUGACCUGCACAAAGAGUGUGACAACUACACCGAAGCCGCGUACACCCUGCUUCUCCACGCAAAGCUGCUUAAGUGGUCGGAGGACGUAUGUGCGGCCCACCUCACGCAGCGGGACGGGUACCAGGCCACGACGCAGGGGCAGCUGAAAGAGCAGCUCUACCAGGAGAUCAUCCACUACUUCGACAAAGGCAAGAUGUGGGAAGAGGCCAUUGCCUUGGGCAAGGAGCUGGCGGAGCAGUACGAAACCGAGAUGUUUGAUUACGAACAGCUCAGCGAGUUGCUGAAAAAGCAGGCUCAGUUUUACGAAAACAUCGUCAAGGUGAUAAGACCCAAGCCUGAUUACUUUGCCGUUGGCUACUACGGGCAGGGCUUCCCCACGUUCCUUCGGGGAAAAGUCUUCAUUUACCGAGGGAAAGAGUACGAACGCCGGGAGGACUUCGAAGCACGGCUGCUGACUCAGUUUCCAAACGCCGAGAAGAUGAAGACGACGUCUCCCCCCGGCGACGACAUCAAAAACUCCCCCGGACAGCACAUUCAGUGCUUCACGGUGAAGCCCAAGCUCGACCUGCCCCUGAAAUUUCACAGGCCCGUGUCCGAGCAGAUCGUCAGCUUUUACAGGGUGAAUGAGGUCCAGCGAUUCGAGUAUUCUCGGCCCAUCCGGAAGGGAGAGAAAAACCCAGACAACGAAUUCGCGAACAUGUGGAUCGAGAGGACCAUCUACACAACCGCCUAUAAACUGCCUGGAAUUUUACGCUGGUUUGAGGUCAAAUCCGUUUUCAUGGUGGAAAUCAGCCCCCUGGAGAAUGCCAUCGAAACCAUGCAGCUGACCAACGACAAGAUCAACAGCAUGGUGCAGCAGCACCUGGACGACCCCAGCCUGCCCAUCAACCCCCUGUCCAUGCUCCUGAACGGCAUCGUGGACCCCGCCGUCAUGGGGGGCUUUGCAAACUAUGAGAAGGCCUUCUUCACCGAGCGGUACCUGCAGGAGCACGCCGAGGCCCAUGAACAGAUCGAGAAGCUCAAGGACCUGAUUGCCUGGCAGAUUCCAUUUUUGGCCGAAGGGAUCAGGAUCCAUGGAGACAAAGUGACGGAAGCACUGAGGCCAUUCCACGAGCGAAUGGAAGCCUGUUUCAAACAGCUGAAGGAGAAAGUGGAAAAGCAAUAUGGCGUUCGAACCAUGCCCUCAAGUCUGGAUGAGAGAAGAGGCAGCCGCCCCCGGUCCAUGGUGCGGUCCUUCACCAUGCCUUCGACGUCCCGGCCUCUGUCCGUGGCUUCCGUCUCUUCCCUGUCGUCAGACAGCACCCCGUCCAGGCCGGGCUCCGAUGGGUUCGCCCUGGAGCCUCUCCUGCCGAAGAAGAUGCACUCGCGCUCCCAGGACAAGCUGGACAAGGACGACGGGGACAAGGAGAGGAAGGACAAGAAGAAGGAAAAGAGGAACAGCAGGCACCAGGAGACCCUGGAGAAGGACUUCAGGCCUGCCGACGCCUGCCCCCCGCAGUCCGAGGCCGUGAUCCUCUCAGAAACGAUAAGUCCCCUGCGGCCCCAGAGACCCAAGAGCCAGGUCCUCAGCGUCGUCGGGAGCGAGCGGCGCUUCUCCGUGUCCCCGUCAUCCUCGCCCGCCCAGCAGACGCCCCCUCCGGUCACACCGAGGGCCAAGCUCAGCUUCAGCUUGCAGUCCAGUGUGGAGCUGAAUGGCAUGACCACGGUGGACCUGGCUGAUGUCCCGCCCCCUCUGCCCCUCAAAGGCAGCAUGGCAGAUUACGGGAACCUGAUGGAAAACCAGGAUUCAGUGGGCUCGGCGACGCCUCCGCCCCCUCCUCCGCAUCAGAGGCAUCUGCCACCCCCGCUGCCCAGCAAAACCCCUCCCCCGCCCCCUCCCAAGACCACGCGCAAGCAGACGUCGGUGGACUCCGGGAUUGUGCAGUGAGGGCAGCAGUCUCAGAAGAGCCAGCGGCUGCCUCUCGUCCGCCUGAGCUCCUCCUCGCUGGGCUGUGCUGACCUCGAGCGCCAUUGCAUCCCUGGGCAUCGCGGAGCAAGGCGGGUGUGGGUCCCGGAUGUCUGCUGGGUUGGGGUCCUUUGUUUUCGUGCCAGAUGGGUUGCCUUAGCAAAGAGCCCGACUGCGGUGAGUCGUGGGUGGUGAGGUUGGGACGUCCCUGCGUCACUCCCUGUGUGGUGAUGCUGCCUAGGCACCCUCAGUUCUCUCUGCAGGCCCGGACCCGGCUUGCCCUGGCGGCACCUGCGGUCCCUGUCCUUGUGACUUUCUGUUGGCCGAGUCUGUCUUUAACCCACAUCAGCCAGUCACAUGCCAUGCUCCCAGGGAAGCUCCUCCUUCCUCUGAUGUCAUUCCAACAGGUCACGUCUCUGCUCCUGAACAGUGACUAACUCGUGGGGCGGGAACACCGCUGGGACCCGGAGCACACGGGGAAGUGCGUGUGGGUAGAGGAGGGUCUGAGCGCUGCACGAGGCAAUUCCCGUGGGGUCUUCUGUGUCCCUUCCUGUACAGAGUGUGUGUAUAUGGUGGUCCUUAGAACUUGUUCUCAUGUUGUGGUCCUCUCGGAUAGAAAAGGCAUCUGCAAAUCAUUCCCAAUAUGUGUUCUCAGCUUUUAACUGCUGGAAAUGUAAAAAAAACAAAAGCAAACAGACUAACCAAAAAAAUAAGUAAAUAAAUAAUGAUAAUAAUAAAAAACCCACACAAUGAAAUUGGUUUUUCAGAGCUCCUACGUUCUGAAAGUAUUGGUGGACAAUGAUUUUUUUAAAAAAACUAACUUUGUGCAUCCUAAUAUUUUUAUUCUAUCAUCUAUAUUUUUUUAUUCGCUAUAAUCAUGAUAUUCUUCUAGUAGUCUCAAAUGUUAAUCAUUGACAAUGGAAAAUAAAGGGUUAUUUAAAAAGA